GUAAAUAAUAUUGUUUUUUGCAGAUGUUACAAACAUGUUAAAUACAGAUAAUAGCCAGUAAAAUUAGAAAAAAACUAUUAUUUUCCACAUUAACCUUAAAAAUGAGGCCAUAACUGUAAAAAAAAAAAAAAAAAGUCCACAUUGUAUAGUCAUUCUUUUACAGGGUGUGACCAUCGAAUUACAUAAUUUUACUGUAUUUAAAUCAGUUAGAAAUAUCAUAAUCUUACAGAUAUUUGUCAUUAUUUUCUCCCUUUUUACAGUGUUUGAAUGUUACUAAAUGCUAUGCUACUGUUCACCAUGUUUUAAACCUAUUUUUUCGGGCACACGUGCUGCCAGACUUUCACAGUUUUAAUUUUAGGGAUUUUUUUCACCAUGAAGAAUUUCCUAAAUCCUUAAACCAUCACAAGCCUUUAAAAUUAAGUAACUGUAUGUGACAGACAAAGAACACAACAGUCACCAGCGGUUUUCAGCUUUUCUUUUGGCAAUUUGUGUUGGCAACAACAUUUUCACGACCCAGAUUUUCAAAGUUCUAUUUAAGUACUAAGUGGAUCAUUUUUAUUGUGCACUGCUGCCUCACACAUGAGAAACUCGCCCUUACUGUGAUUUCACGCCAUGAAUGAUUCACUUUUUGGACAUCUUCAAAUAAUUUCUCAGUUUCUAUUAAAAACACACACAUGAGAAUUUUUACGUUUCCAGAUGUCACUUUCACUACCUUCGGCCUCUCUGAUGAACUCUUUCCCACACGCAGCGCCGUCAGCCAUCAACUUAUUGCAUUUGCACUGCACAUCCUCCUUCAUUUUGGAUCGCAAUUGGAAGGUAGCUAUUAUGGCAAUUAUUGCAAAUAGCCGAGCAGAGCUGUCAGGGAGAGGCUAACUCUCCGUCUGUUCACAACAGAGCCACCAAGUCAGACCUCAAUUACAGAUCCUCGACCUCCUCAACGUCCCUGGUGUCAGUCCAUCAUCUCCUCCUCCAUCCUCACUCACUUUGAAUCUCCCUGUUCCCAUAUUUUUACUCUUCACCUGAUUUGUUGUCAUUUUCUGUCCUUUUCAUUGUACCUUCCAUCAUUCGCCUCACCCACUAAGCUCCACUUCCUCCUCCUCCUCCUCACCCCUAAAGAAGCCUCUCUCUAGUGGGAGCUGCACUGCCAUUGCCAAAUUACCACACACACAUACACACCGAGGUAAAGCAGCAUAUGUUUCCAAUUUCAGGCGUAAUGCUCCUUUCUCCGCAAUCUGACCCAAUUAGCCAAAGCCUCCUGGAAAUGCCCCAGUCGCCAGCCAUGGUGGCAAAGAGGUAAAGGGUCAAAGAUGACGCAAGGACUGUGACUUUGCCUCCCGUCCCCUCUCCAUCUCCACAUCCCUCCUCCGUCCGGGUCUCCUCCCGAUGCCUCGCUCUUGUUGGACGGGAGACAGCGACACACAGCAGGCAGGAUGACAAACCAGUCGACAGCCAACCAGUCCAACACAAAGACGGAGAAGGAGAAAGAAGAAAUCCCGCGAGAUGACAACACGGAGAUGGCAUAUAAAGAUGCCGGCCACUGCAGCCGCAACACCCACAACCUGCUGCUGGGACUCACUGUUAUGGGUGUUGUCAUGGGAGCAGUGUUCGGGAUGCUACUUCGGUACAUGAAGGUGACAGACAGCUCCGCCCUUACUAUGGUUUCCUUUCCUGGAGACAUCCUCAUGAGGAUGCUGAAGAUGCUCAUCCUGCCUCUAAUCAUCUCCAGCCUUAUCACAGGGCUCGCUGGCCUAGACGCCCGCUCCAGUGGCAGGAUGGGCAGCAGAGCCAUGGUCUACUAUAUGUCCACCACUGUCAUCGCUGCCAUCCUGGGGGUCAUCCUGGUGUUGGGGAUCCACCCAGGGAACCCCAAACUGAGGGGAGGCCAGUCGGCCUCAGCACCAAAGAACCAGGAAGUCAGUAGUCUGGACGCCUUCCUCGACCUGAUUAGAAACCUCUUCCCUGAGAACCUGGUGCAGGCCUGCUUCCAACAGGUUCAGACGGUGCUGAAGAAGGUGCCAGUUACAGCACCAAACCAAACCGAGCCUCUCUUAGUGAACAGAAAAAAGCUGGAAUACAAAUGGGGCAUGAACGUCCUUGGCUUGAUUGGCUUCUUCAUCACCUUUGGGAUCUGCAUGGGCAGGAUGGGUGAGCGGGGCAAGGUCAUGUGCGAAUUCUUCAACAUCCUCAAUGAAAUUAUCAUGACGAUGGUCUCCAUGAUCAUGUGGUACUCUCCUGUUGGCAUCGCCUCUCUGAUUGCUGGAAAGAUCGCAGCUAUUGGAGACCUGGAGGUGGUGGCCCGGCAGCUGGGCAUGUACAUGGUGACCGUUAUCGUGGGUCUGGUGAUCCACGGCGGCUUGAUCCUACCUGCUAUAUUUUUUGGUAUCACCCGAAAAAGCCCCCUUGUUUUCUACUCUGGGAUCUUCCAGGCCUGGAUCACAGCGUUAGGCACUGCCAGCAGUGCUGGGACACUGCCAGUCACCUUCCGCUGUCUGGAGGAAAAUCUAAAGGUCGAUAAGCGUGUGACUCGCUUUGUGCUGCCCAUUGGUGCCACCAUUAACAUGGAUGGCACUGCGCUGUACGAGGCCGUGGCAGCCAUCUUUAUUGCCCAGAUGAACGACAUCACCCUGGAUGGUGGACAGAUCAUCACUGUGAGUAUGACCGCCACCCUGGCCAGUGUUGGAGCUGCCAGUAUUCCCAGUGCUGGACUGGUGACCAUGCUGCUGAUCCUCACUGCUGUCGGCCUGCCCACCCAGGACAUCAGCCUGCUGAUCGCCGUCGACUGGCUGCUCGACAGAAUGCGUACCUCCAUCAAUGUGGUGGGAGACUCAUUCGGUGCCGGGAUCGUGGAUCACUUGUCGCGUGCGGAGCUCGAAGAACUUGACGCCGCGGAAAGGCAAAUGCUCCCGCCCGAGGAGGAGCUCGAUUUCAUCCCCCCGCCGCCGAUCCUCACGGAGAUGGACCUGGUCGACCCCCUCAAACCGCCCGACCUGCCACCUCGCUCCCCUCGUCCACCCAAACAAAACCACCACGGUCACGUUUUCUCCCAGUCUCACUCCAUCACUUACUCACCGUCUCGCUCUGCCCGAUCUCCAUCACCACGCUCCAUCCGUUCUCCCUCUCCGCGCUCCGUCUGCUCCCACUCCCCUCGGCCUUUCCGUACUCAUUCACCACGUCUCCUCCGCAGGACGGAGCCGGGAUAUUGCGCCCUGCCCAGCUGUGAUAACCAGAUUCCCACAAUGCCUCACACCUACAGAGAGAGAGGCAGAGAGCGGGAGAGAGAUCGAGAACGAGAGCGACUGAGGCGAGAGAGUGAGACCGAGGAAGAGGAGGAGAGAGACAGGGUUCUGUGUGAAAUGAGCGAUGGCGAGGAGAGUGAUGACACUGCGUAUGAUCGGAGGCACGCCAUCCCGCCGAGCGACCUGCCGUGAUCGGAUUUUACCAGCACAAAGCUUCACGGUCGAUUUGUUUCAGUUUCAUGACAGAUUUUCCCUCUUUCAGCUUCACUGUUUAUCUCAGUGGAGGUCCACAGUAGAUCUGCAAAUAUUUUACUGAUCAGUAAACUUGACAUGUAUAGAUUUUAAAGUAUUGCGAUGAAAAUAUCCUGUAGCUUUACUGAGAAGGGCCCUUAAAACCAGGCCUGAGACUUUUGCUCUGUGGUUUGAUGCAGAAAUUCGCUGAAAGAGUUAUUUUUCUCCUCGUUUCUAUUGCUAUCUUGAUUUAUCAUUUCCAAACUUAAAGCCAAACCUAAAAAUGCUCCUGAAUGCCUGCAGUCCCUCGACUUUGACUGAGAAUUGUGAGUCUGUUAUUGAUUGGAAAAGUAUGUUGGUGUUCUUACCAACCUUUUAUUGCACAAUCAUAACUUAUUAGUUCCUCCUUUACUUUUGCUCAACUCAUUCUCUUCAUCUUUUGCUUUCUUUGUUGGAACACUUUAACGUUUAAAGGAAUUGUUUCAUAUUUUUUGGAGUAUUUGCUUUCUUGCAAAGACGACACUGUUAAUUGCACUCAUGUCUUUACAACUAAUAUCCAGCAAUUAGUUACCUUAGCUUAGCACUUUUUAGUUGUUAUUGACUGUUGUUUUUAGUCGUUGCUUGCCGAGGCAACAGAACUACUUUGGUACCUAAAGGCACUAAAACUACCAGGUUUGAUUUAGAAAAAGAUGAUUGUUUAGGUUAAAAUACACCCCAGCAAACACUUUUCAGUUACUUUCGCUUUUAGUUGCUGUUGACUGUCAUUUUCACUGUUUGCUUUCAUUGAUGCAACAAAACUACUUUAUUAAUUAAGGUGGCAAAAUACUUGGUUAGGUUUAGGAAAAGAUAAUGGUUUAAGUUAAAACAUGCCCCUGUAAAAACUUUUCAGUUGCUGUUCGCCGAAGUUUUCCGUCGUUUUCAAUCACUGUUUGCUUUUGUUGACGCUAUAAAACUACAUCAUUAGCUUUAGGCACCAAAACUAUAGCAAAAGAUGAUGGUUUGUGUUAAAAUGCACUCGUGCAAACAGUUUUUUGUCACUAUGUAUUUUUAUGUUUCUGUAGUUUUCAGUUACUGAGGAUUUGUUGAUGCUACAAAACUACUUUUGUUAAUAUUAUGCAUCAAAAUUUGUUAGGUUUAGGAAGAGAUGGUUUAGGUUAGAAUACACUCUUGCAAAUGCUAAACAUAAAGCUUUAGUUGUUUUCUAUAUUGUUAGAGUGACAAAAAGUCUCUCAAAAAUGUAAAUGUCUCACAAUUUUACAGCUUUUUGUGAGAAGAAUUUAUCUUAUCAAUUUCACUUGGCACAUUUUUACAGAAUACAUAGUUAUUGAUGUCGUUACUUAACUCUCAGCAAAGAAGCACAUUUUAUAAAAUGUUGAAUUAUUUCUUUAAAUGACCUCACUAAUAACAACUUGUUGUAAAUGACAGAAAUAAACAGCCAGCAGACAUUAUUUUUAUACAGUUCUCCACCUUCUUGCAUCUUGACAUUUUCCUCCUCGGUGCUCUUCUUAGCUCAUCUCCCCUCGACAGCAGUCACUGUUGAUGUUAAUACUGUCGAUAUUCUCUAUGGUUUGUAUUUUCUUGUUGUGGUCCGGUGUGUGAAACAAUGAAUUCUUGGCAAGAUGCUGUUUUAAAUUUCUUGUAUGUUUAAGUUUGUUUUACUCUCAUUUAUCAUUUUAACUGUAAAAGAACUUAAUUGCUCUCCUUUCUCCCACUGAAAUGCCUUUCAUUUCAAUUUGAAGUAUAUCAACUGCCUCCCUGCCAUCCUUAAGUCUUAAUUCAGAUUCACAGGUCCAGGUUGUGUGUACAUUGCAUGUAAUAAAAUCUUGGAGAUUUAUUUAGAGUAA